GAGUCAACAAGUUUGAUAUAAAAAAAAAAGAAGACAGUUUUGACCAGAGCAGAUCCUGCCAGCGGCAAUACUAGUCGUCCCUGGAGCUCCAGAAGCCAGGAAAGCUUGGCUUAACCAUGGAUGGUGCGGAAGCCAGCGAGCUGAAGGUGCUGGGCGCGUGGGCGAGCCCCUUCGUGCUGCGGGUCCGGGUGGCGCUGCACCUCAAGGGGCUGGACUACGAGUACGUGGAGGUGGACCUCGCCGACAAGGGCGAGCAGCUCCUCGCCUCCAACCCCGUCCACAAGAAGGUCCCCGUCCUCCUCCACGCAGGCAAACCCGUGUGCGAGUCCAUGCUCAUCGUGGAGUACCUCGACGACGCCUUCCCCGACGCCGGCGGCACGGCGUUCCUCCCCGCCGAUCCCCACGGCCGCGCCGUCGCCCGCUUCUGGGCCGCCUACGUCGAUGCAGAGCUGCUGAGCUCGUGGGUGGCGAUCCACGCGGCGGGGACGGAGGAGGAGAAGGCGGAGGCGGUGGCGCGGACCCUCGCGGCGGUGGACACGCUGGAACGCGCGCUCGCGGACGCGGAGCAGCGGUCGGGGAGCAAGGGGUGGUUCGGCGGCGACGGCGUCGGGUUCGUUGACCUCGCGCUCGGCGGGUUCGUGCCGGCGAUACGGGCGUCGGAGCCGACGACGGGACUGCGGAUCGUGGACACCGCCAGGACUCCGCGGCUGGCGGCGUGGGUGGACCGGUUCUCCGCGCUCGACGAGGCCAGGGCGGCCAUGCCGACGGUCGACCGCCUCGUGGAAAUGGGCAGGAAGAGGCUCGCAACUGAACCACACGCGGCGGCGGCAGCGCCGGAGGCAAGCAACUGAUGGAGAGUGUCAGGGGAAUGGAGAAAUAAAGCAAAUAUUUAUUAGUCUACUUGAGAUGUGAGAUUUAGCUUCCUGCGCCGUGUAAUAAAUUCGGUAUAUUAGCCGCAAAUUUGUUGUGAAAUAAAUUAUAACCCAGUCAUCACCGUGGGGAAUAAACAUGACCGUGAUUUGUA